GUGUGAUGGGCGGCGGUGAUCAGUGGACGGGAAGGGCAACAUGAUGGGCGUUUGUUCAUAUGAUGCUUCUUAUAGACCAGGCAUAGACCCGCGGUCUCCUUGUCAUGGGGAUCCCCCUCGACCUCUUGAACCAUUAUAUCUCCAAUUACUACCAACUUGAUCCCCCCCCUUCCCUCCCCCUCGCUCUUCCCUUGGCAGCUGGGGCGACAUCGAGGCAGUUCUCCAUGCCGUGUCCGCCAGCAUCAACAACACCACCAUGGACGGCGUGCCCUGGGAAGACCUCCCCCACGACGACUACGGCCCCGGGCUCCUGGCCACGGUAUGGACGCUCGCGGCCGUCGCCGGCGCCUUCAUCGGCCUGCGCAUCUACUGCAAGUUCUCGCGCGGACGAGGGCUCUGGCUGGAUGACCACGUUUUGUUUGCAUCAUGGUGCGCCAUGUUGGCCCUGUGCGCCUUCAUCACCGUCGACGUGUCGUACGAUUUUGGCAAGCAUAACUGGGACAUCACGCCGGGCAACUGGUCCUGGCUGCUGCUCUACGCCAACCUGGCCGGGUCCCUCUCCAUCAUCGCGGCAGCGUGGAGCAAGACGUCGUUCGCGCUGACGCUGCUGCGCAUCGCCCAGGAGUCGCCGGAGCGCUGGAUGAAGCGGCUCGUCUGGUUCAUCAUCGUCUCCAUCAACGUCGCCCUCGGGCUCAGCGUGCUCUUCACCUGGAUCCAGUGCUGGCCCGUCGAGAAGACGUGGCGGACGGCCUCGACGCCCGGCACGUGCUGGCCUAAGAGCGUCGUGAUGGGCUACAACGUCUUCACGGCGGCGUACUCGGGCGCCAUGGACAUCGUCCUGGCCGUCCUGCCGUGGAGGAUCAUCUGGGGUCUCACGAUGACCAAGAGAGAGAAGCUCGGUGUCUUGAUCGCCAUGAGCAUGGGAGUGUUCGCCGGCGCCGUGUCAUUCAUCAAGAUACGGACAAUCGCCGCCAUCGGAGCGUUCGACAUCAUCGACACCGUCGAGCUGGUGAUCUGGGGCGCGGCGGAGAGCGCCGUCACCAUUAUCGCGGCAACGAUACCGAUCCUGCGGGCCCUGUUCCGCGACAAUCGGCCAGCACCGGCUCGUUUCGCGACGGACGAAGAGUCGAUGAUACGGCGGCUCGGCGUGGCGACGGUGGCAGCGCCGAUGGCGAGGGGGUCGAGAUCGGACCUCGAGCUGGUGGAGUGGAAACACACGACGCCGCUGGACCACAAGGGGGAACGGAGCUUGGAAUCCAGGUACAGAAUAUGGAGGAUGAGAGGGACCGUGAAGGAGCCGAGACGAAAGGGGCGUACAACACCACCCGACGUGUUCAAAGGGGGACUUGGUGACACGGAGUACAGCGGGUCGUUGGAGCUGUCUCGAAGGUUACGUUAGGAUAGCUAGUACCAAAUAUCGAAAAAAGUCGCCAUC